AUGUCACUAGAAAGCCGGUGUUUGGAUGCGUUUGAUCGUGGAGAUCAUGAAGAAGCUGUUCGCUUACUGCCACUAGUGGAGGGGCCUACUGGUAUUAGCUUAUCUGGUCAUACUAGUUUACUUCAUUUAUCGUCAAGGAAUGGCUGGUUAGAUGUUACAAAAGAUCUCAUUACUCAAUAUCGCUGUGACCCACACGAAAGAGGUGAAGGUGGUCGGACUUGUCUUCAUUAUGCUGCACGACAUGAUCAUGUUGAUGUGUUGAAAUAUCUCAUUUUUGAGCGUCACUGUGAUCCAAUGGCUACUGACACAAUGGGGCAGACACCUCUUCACACUGCUGCUGCUUUCAGUCGUUCCGUUAAAUAUUUACUAUCAACUG